ACAUAUGUGUAUACACUUAUAUAGCCUUUUCGCUGGCAGGCAUGACGAACUGAAGCUCCGCCCAAAAGGAGGGACUUAAUAGUUGUAGGAACGUUUACCUACGGUUUACAGUAUCGCUCUAGACUUAGCAGAGAUAACCAACACAACCGAGAAUAUCACGAAGGGGAAAGUUGUUCUAAAAAGGCGAGUUGAACUGAAAAUUUUAACGUGAAUUUACUUUCUUCUUCAACAAUUUUACGCUUUUGUGUUCAAAGUUAUUCGGUUGUAAAUUAAACGCGCAAAGUGAGAAUCACCACACAAAAGUUCAGUGCGCUGUUGCUUCUCUUUCGCAAGUAUUUCCAUGGACAAGUUGAAAGAAAAUGAAACUGCUUCGUCUUCCUCGUCGACUGUCAUUUCUAUCGCUGCUGGUCGGUGUCGUCUUCGGCUGUUGUCUCAUCUCACUAGUGAAUCAAUCCCAACAUCUAUUCUAUCAAGAGUAUGCUGUAAUAUCUAACGUUCAAAACGAAAUCAAACAAUCAAAUGAAAUAGGAGUCAAAUCUUAUCCAAACCAAGUUGUUGUCGACGAGAAAGGGAGAGAUCUCGGCGAUCAAGUGCGGGUCCUCUGCUGGAUUCUGACGAGCCCAGAAAAUCACGAAACAAGAGCUCUGGCCGUCAAAGAAACGUGGGGUAAACGCUGCAACAUCCUCCUGUUCAUGAGUUCAGGCAACGAUUCGACGUUGCCGUCUGUCGAGCUGGCCGUACGCGAAGGCCGCAACGGCUUGUGGGGAAAGACCAGAGAAGCCUUUCGUUACGCUUGGGAUCGCUAUCAAGACGAAGUGGACUGGUUCCUUAAAGCUGACGACGACACGUACGUCAUUGUAGAGAAUUUACGUUAUUUUCUAUCGGCAUUCAAUACGUCGCAACCGCUGUGGUUCGGUCACAAAUUUAAGGCUAUCGUUAAAUCGGGAUAUUUCAGCGGUGGAGCUGGCUAUGUGCUGAGUAAAGAAGCAACCAGGAGAUUUGUCAAGGAAGGAUAUUUUAACGCGUUGCUUUGCCGCCAUGACCAUGAAGGGGCAGAGGAUGCAGAAAUGGGAAAAUGUAUGGAGAACCUGAAAGUCUUAACUAUGGACACAAGAGACUCGAAAGGAAGAGGUCGAUUCCAUCCUUUCAUUCCGGACAAUGUUUACUUUCCUGGUAACAUAACCCAGGAUUAUUGGUACUGGAAAAACAUUUACUACGCCCCCAAAAAGGGUCGCGAAUGCUGUUCGGACAGCACCAUAUCCUUUCACUACGUCGAUACGAAAAUGAUGCGGUUGCUGGAUUUCUUUCUGUAUCAGAUCCGGCCUUACGGAAUCGACGACCAACGACCCAACACUCCGGAGCCACCACCGGAUUUGGAUCUAACGGCCAGUCCUUGGUUUGCUCCCAACGUCACAACAACCGUUUCACCACAGGACAGCAGCCAUCCGCCGAACAGCAGCACGGAAGUUGAGCGCUCACAGCGGAUGCACAAGCAGCUACUCGAUUACUUGCUGGAUCAGCUGAAGGUUUACGGAAUUGUGGAUCCCAAAUCAACUCCGCAGAGUACCCACAACACAAAUUCGAGCAGCAUCCAUAAUCCUGAUGGCAGUGUGUUGGAAGGAACUGUCAAUCCGCAGCAGAUGGAAUACCUGAAAGAUUAUGUGAUGCAACAGCUUGAGCCGUUCGGCAUUGUUGAUCCGAACGAAACAAUCGUUCCGGCAUCCCCCGUGACUACUACCAGUGCCGUGAUUCCGAGAAUAAACAGCAUCAGCCAUCGGCCGGCUCCUGAAUCAAUUGUGGACUCCCAGCAAAUGCGACGUUUAAGCGACGAAGUGACGGGCCGGCUUCAACCGUUUGGCAAAAUCGACGUUAAUCAACCGAAUUUAAUUGCAAGUCCCACAAAUAAUGAGGCCGUGAAAAAUACGGUGGACAUCGAUGCCAGAAAUCUGUUGCUGCAAAUGCUGCGUUCGCUUGAAAAAACUCAAUGAGAGGAUCCUCCUAUUAUUCCCAUUUGCUGAAUUGUACUCUUGAUGAUUUGGGUUGAAUUCAAUUGCCCGUCUGUUUUUUAAAAAUGUGUCAAAUAAUACAACUGCUUUGAAGCGGAGA